AUGACGGAGGUCGAGACGUCUGCCGUAGCCGGCACUUCGCCGGGACCGCGUGUCUCGUUCAAUAGGGACGUGCACGUGAAACGUAUCGGUCCCCGGCUUGAGGGUACCCGGAGCUCUCCGGCAAACGGUACUGUUCGUAAGGAACUGCCAGAAAAUCUCUCCCAGGAAGCGAUCCGCCGUGAAGCCGAAUUCGUUCUUGCCCAGGCAGAUAAGAUCGACCGUUCCCGAGUGAGCGGCGGUGGUACAACAGCGUCGAACAACGUCACCAAACAGUACCCAGAUCCGCUCAGUGCGGCCCGAUUCAAUUCACUGCCAUCGCGCUCAAAGUCACGCACGAAGAAGGUCACCCGAUCGUCGAGUGACGCCGCUUCCAAAAAGCCUUCCAAGAGCCUGUUGAACCUGUUCAGCCGCAAGCAGUCGGAUGAGUCUGGCGCGCUAAAGACACCGGUCGCCUCCAAUCAAGCACCCUCGAGCAGAAGCACCCUUGGACGUAGUAAAAGUGAUGUCGGUAGUUCGAGCGCAUCCAGGACCGGCACUCUAGUGAAGCAGCGUAAAGUACCGCGUCGGGCAACGCAAGAACUGGGUGAUCUACGGUCCAUCGGCAAAAAGAAUGACCCACUGACUCCAAUCAUCGAGGCAUCACCGCUCGAGUACACGCAGCAAACCGAUCCGCUGACCGCGUACGUACGUCGCGGGCGAGCCGUGUCCGAGGAGCCCAAACCGUCGACGAGAAUCACACCGAAACCGGGCGUUAUGGAAACGAUCACCCUGCUGCGCUCGACAAACACUGCCAAAUCACAGGACGCACUGCACAGUUCACAGCUACCACCGGAAAAGCCUCACCUUACCAAGGGCGUUACGGUGGAAAACAUCGUCAAGCGGUUGUCCAGCGAACGUCACACAUCGCCACCACCGGCCCAGAUCGUUGGCGGUGGGUUCUCGUACACCCGCGGUCCAGGGGAACCGAUCGUAUACGCACAAGUCGUUUCGAACGAAGCAAACAAAUCGAAACAUACCGUGAAACACCAGCAUUACCCUUCUACUGAGGAGGAAGAUCCAGCUAGCACCACCAUGUGGACAUCCGUCGACGGUAAGGUGAGAUCUACCGGUGGGUUUCUGGACACUACGCAGCGUCCCAGCCCGCCGCUGCCGAAGUAUCGCUUGGACGAAACAGACCAUUCGCCGCACUCGGUCAAUGGGAUACGUCGUAAGCUGCACACGAACAGCGACGAGGACGAGGGGCUCGGGAUAGAUUAUUCUCGGCGGCAACAACGCUAUAAAUCAUCCGCUUACGUACACACCGCGAGCAGCACCACUCAAAACACAUCCCGAACGUCACCGAAAUCGUUUCUCACCAACUCGGACGAGGAUCCACCAAUCGCGCCCAGUGUCGUGCGGUUGACACCGGUAGAGAGGAAUUUCUCCAACAGCUAUAGCGUCCAUUAUCGGGGCCAAGCGGACGGGAAGGAACAUCUACCGGAGUUCCACGAGCUUAGCCAACGGCGUGAAAUUCUCGAGUCUCGUAUACGGUCACGCAUCGGGUCGCGCGAUUUGCUCGAUCGGAUGUCACCGGAAAGGACCGUUCCGGUACCGAUACAACUUACGUCCGGAGCACACCGGACAGCAGCUAGCAGCAGUACAAGCAAGUACCGCACGACCACAGAGCGUCGGUCGGUGGAUCGUGUACUCGAUCGACACGAGUCACCGGUACGCAGGAGUACACUCUCCCCAACGCCUACCUUCCGAGAGCCGUCACAGGAUCGCAAUGCCGUACCGAGAAGAAAUUCCCGUGGCUAUGUGGAGACGUUCGUCACAAAGACGGUUGUGAAUCGGGAUGGAAAGCCCGUAUCGGAAGAGUACGUGGAGCGGUACAAAUAUCCCGGCGACAACGUGGAAGCCGUGACGAGCUCCAGAACGGUGUACGAUCGCGAAGGAUCGACUGGGCGUACUGAGAUACAGCGAUUCAACCGAUACGUACCGGAGCACGGAGCUGCCAGCAGUUACACCACGCGGAAUGCGGUCGAUAAGGGAGAUUCGGGCAUUGAGAACGAUUUUCGCAAAGAUUCGUUCAAUCAGGAAUUCAUCUCGGGGACGAAGUUUACACUGACGGAAAAUGUACGCACCUGCGAGGAUUUCUUGCGUAUGGAGCGAACACACACGAACAGCUGCAUGCGAAAGCCGAGGAAAGGGCAUGUUUACCGUGAACGCAGCAUCGACGAUGGAUCACGCUAUGAUCCACGUUUGGAUGAGGUUUCGGCUAGUCGCAGCUAUACCCGCGAUACAUUGAAACCUUCCCUGAAGGUUGACAAGAAAGCCGGUGGUCUAGCCAAGGUAAAACAGUUUGUCAGCUCUACACGAAAGAAGUUGGUCCGCAUGGGCACGGAUGGUUCGGAUAAGCGGGACCACUCCCGUGCCGGCAGUCUCCGUUCGGAUAGUGCCGACGGGUCCCGCGUACCGGACAUUGCCACACGUCGACGGCUCUCGACGCCGAAAUCCAGCCCUUCCUCCGCGAAACGUUCACUUUCGUUCAAGAGCUCGAAACUGUCAGCGUCCUCUCCACCAGACGGCCAGAAACAAACGUCCUCCCGUUCGGAAUGGUUUAAGUCGUUCGAUCGAUUGUCGCGCAAGAAGUCUAGCUCGAAACCGAACCUCAGCACAGACACGAAAACGCCACCGCCGAAGCAGGCGAAGAGUUUACGCUUCUUCGGCGACACCGAUACGGAAUAUGGCGAUCAGAAUGCGACCUCGUACAGAUCGGCACGGAGUAAUCUCUCGAAAUCGGACAAGAAAUAUCGCAGUGCAUACGAUCUGGACACGGCCCCCAAGAUGCGCGAUACCGCUCGCAAUCGUUCGUCCUCGUUGCACAACUUGGACGAAGAGGAUGAGCUGAGCCUGCGGGGCAAAGAUUAUCGCUCGGAGGAACAUUCGAGCUCAUUCUACCGGGCGAGAUCGCCAUCACCGUCGGACUAUAGGCAGGAACGGACCACUACGCGCGACUACACACCGGAACGCUUGGCCAGAAAGGCGUAUCCGCAUCAUCGAUCGCGGGAAAACACUGUCGAUCUGAUAGACGGUGAACGAUCGCAGACACCGGUCCAUCAGCGUCCCGGAAGUCGUAGUCGCAGUGAGCACAAAAAGCCACCAUCGGGUCCACAGAAACCGGCACGUGCCUUCGAACGUCGGGACAGUUUAAACAGGGACAUUGAUCGCAUUCUGGACAGUUCUGGAACGGAAGGUGAAUCUAGUCAGCAAAGUCAGCGCAGUGUAGUUUUCCUGCAUGCAACCACCGUUGGUGAUAUACCGCACCCUCAGAUAGCAAAUGCACGGCGUCGGGCGUAUUCCCGCGAGUCACUGAACAAUUCGGUCGCGUCUUCCAAGAAAGUCCAGCCUAUGACACGUACCGUGUCGCGUUCGAUAUCGGUGCUAGCACCCUGGAAACCGAAAAACAUUCGCGAAGGUUAUGAAAUCGAUUACCACAAGGACCAACAUCAGGCGAAACCGAUCUCAACCCUGCCGCGUUCCGGUGCGACUAGCCGUCAGUCGACUACCGGCAGCCAGUCUACGCUCAGUCGGCCCAAACACCGUGCACAGUCCGGGCGAGAUGAUCCGGACUCGGAUAAGAGCUCGUCGUUUGAGCAAUCUCGACGGCUCAGUGCAGACCAGCAGCGACGGUCGAGUGGACCAAGGGACACCGGUGGUUUAGCCACUCCGUACGCUUCCACCACACUGCCUAGCUCGAGACGUUUGAAGGACUCGAUCGCACAGUAUCCUUCACGCACAACCGGUAGUGGAUCCACCUUGAAGUAUCGCCGAUGA